AUGGCUUCCGAGCGCCUUACCAUCGUCAUCAAGUUAGGCACGAGCUCAAUAGUCGACGAGAAUACGCAUGAGCCCAUACUAUCAAUACUCACCCUUAUCGUGGAAACUGCUGCUAAACUCCACCGCGAUGGUCAUAAUGUCGUCUUGGUUUCUUCAGGUGCUGUCGGCGUGGGGUUGCGGAGGAUGGAUGUCGAUGAGAGGCCGAAGCAUCUCCCUCGUAUACAGGCGCUGGCUGCUGUUGGCCAGUGUCGGCUCAUGAGCCUAUGGGAUGGACUGUUCUCACAUCUUCGACUUCCGGUGGCCCAAAUACUAUUGACUCGAAAUGAUAUCGCGGAUCGAACGCAAUAUCUCAAUGCGCAAAACACAUUCUCACAACUGUUCGACAUGGGAGUAAUCCCCAUUGUGAAUGAAAACGACACACUGGCCGUCUCGGAAAUCAAAUUCGGCGACAAUGAUACGUUGUCAGCUAUCACCGCGGCAAUGGUCAAGGCCGACUAUCUCUUCCUGAUGACUGAUGUUGACUGCCUAUACACUGCAAACCCACGUACCAACCCUGAUGCAAAGCCAAUUGAGGUAGUCUCAGACAUAUCGUCUCUGGAAGCAGAUGUCUCAUCUGCUGGUUCCUCUCUAGGGACUGGUGGUAUGAGUACAAAAAUCACGGCUGCCAGACUAGGAACUAGCGCUGGCGUAACGACAAUAAUCACGAAAAGCUCGAAGCCAGGGAACAUCCAUGAGAUCGUGAGAUAUCUUCAAGAAUUGAAGCGAACAACUUCCACCGAUGCUGCAGAUACAGUGGCCAACCCGCAGGCACUAACCCCGCCCCUCCAUACUCGCUUCCUUCGAUCCGAAUCACCGAUCCACUCACGUUCGUUUUGGCUUCUUCAUGGAUUAACACCUCAUGGUACGAUAUACAUUGAUCAGGGCGCUUACACUGCGCUUUUGAAGAAAGCAAGUCUUCUACCAGCAGGCGUGGUAGAAGUGGAUGGUCACUUUGGCCAGCAAGAAGCGGUCCGAUUAGUUGUCGUGGAGAGAUUAUCUCCGGAUGCCCUCAACGGGGACUUCCUACACCAUGGGCAGGAGCCGAAAGAAGUGGGGCGUGCCCUAGUGAACUAUGGCAGCCUAGAAAUAGCCCGGAUCAAAGGUCACCGGAGUACCCAUAUACACUCGUUGCUUGGGUAUGCGGAUAGCGAAUAUGUUGCUCUUCGAGAGAACAUCUCGUUCUUUGAAAAUGACGAACCAACACGACGAUAG